AUUUACGAUCUUUUUCCUUUGGAGGAUUUGUUGGAGACUGAAUUUCAAGACAACGAAUCUGGUCAAUCAACGCCUAAACAAUCACCAAACGGCUCAAUAAACGGCAUAUUAAACGGCAUAAACAACGGUACCCAUAAACCAAUGAUGUUGUCUUCCCCAGCUGCCUCAACUGCUGCUUUAUCUUCCUCGCCUUCUUGUGCUUCUUCCCCCUCUUCAAAUUUAAAAGAAAUUUCUACACCUACCCCAGAUGUAGCUGUUGUUAGAUUAAAACUACUUAGGGUGGAAAUGCCGGAGGAUCAAUUACCUCAAAAUUGCCAGUUGAGUGACCUCAGCUGUGCAGUUAAUGUUAAAGAAAAGGUGGAAAUUAAUGGUGAAAACCGUUUAAUUCAAAAAAGAAAAACAAUGCAGCUACAAUGGGAAAAGUGUUUUGAUGUUGGCAUUUUACAAAAUCGGGUACUUCAGAUGCUUGUUCAGAACGAUAAAACACUUGUUGCUGAUGCAACUAUGAGGCUUGAAGAUAUUGUUUGUAAAAGUAAAACCGAUGCAGUUACUCAUAUUUGGAUAAAUCUAAAACCUUGUGGACGUAUUUUGGCCCAAACCUUAAAAAUCGGCAAUGGCUCCCAAGAUCAACUAUCAGAAGAAAGCGGUGCUUCUCAAAUGGCUACCCCAAAAGGGUUUGGUGAUGGAAUUUAUAGGCGUAGAGGGGCUAUAAAACAUGCAAAAAUACAUGAAAUCAGAGGCCACGAAUUUGUUACAACCUCAUUCCGUCAAUUUACAUUUUGUUCAAUUUGUGGAGAAUUUAUGUGGGGGCUAAAUAAACAAGGAUAUCAAUGCCAACUUUGCACACUUGGCAAGUCGAUUGGAAAUGAUGAAGCUGUCCACAAAAAAUGUCACGAAAAAACUUUAAGUCAAUGCCCAGGCUCGGCUAAGAAUACAAAAGAUACAAUUUACCUUAAAGAACGUUUCAAAAUUGAUGUCCCUCAUCGUUUCAAACCGUAUAAUUUUAAAAGUCUAACAUUUUGUGAUCAUUGCGGCUCUCUUCUAUAUGGGCUUUUUAGACAAGGAUUGAAAUGUGAAGUUUGUGGCGUUAAUUGUCACUUCCGUUGUGAAAAACAUAUGCCUAACCUUUGCGGUGUAAAUCAAAAACAACUUUCCGAUGCCCUAAUAGAAAUUAAAAGGAGUGCUACAACAAAUACAGCGCCCCCUUCUUUUGCUAAUAAAGACCAACAAUUGGUUAAUGGAGUUGGAAAUAAAUUUAAGAAUUUAUUCAGAGCCCAAGUCUCUGGAGGCGAUUCUGUGGCUGACAAAAGCAAUGAAAUACCUGAGCCUUUAGGAGGCGGCAAUGCAGAUUCUCCUCGUCAAUAUAAACUAACAAAUUUCCAUAUUCACAAAGUGCUUGGAAAAGGAAGUUUUGGAAAGGUGCUACUAGUAGAAUUAAAAAAUCACAGUCAAUUUUUUGCAAUGAAAUGUUUAAAAAAAGAUGUAAUUUUAGAAGAUGAUGAUACUGAGUGCACUUUUAUCGAAAGAAAAGUACUCAUUUUAUCCGGUGAAUGCCCUUUCUUGUGCAAACUUUUUGCUUGUUUUCAAUCUAAUGAAUACCUCUUUUUUGUAAUGCAAUAUUUAAAUGGUGGUGAUUUAAUGUAUCAUAUACAACAAGUCAAACGAUUCGACGAAAACCGAACCCGUUUCUACACGUGUGAAAUAAUUUGUGCAUUACAAUUUUUACAUACCAAAAACAUAAUCUACAGAGAUUUAAAAUUGGAUAAUAUACUUCUCGAUAAUGAUGGACAUGUUCAUCUAGCAGAUUUUGGAAUGUGUAAAACAGAGGCUAAUAGAGAGAAUGGAAUGGCUUCAACUUUUUGUGGAACCCCCGAUUAUAUUGCACCAGAAAUAAUUAAAGGACAACUUUACAAUCAAGCUGUAGAUUUUUGGAGUUUGGGAGUGUUAAUGUAUGAAAUGCUUAUUGGCCAAUCACCUUUCCAUGGAGACGGGGAAGACGAAUUAUUCGAUGCUAUACUUAAUGAACGUCCAUAUUUCCCAAAAUGGAUUGGUAAAGAAUCUGCAAAAAUAUUAUCUGCUCUAUUUGAUCGAAAUCCAAAUACAAGACUAGGGAUGCCUGAAUGUCCUGAUGGCCCCAUCCGCCAGCACUCCUUCUUUAGAGGUGUUGAUUGGAAAAAGUUUGAAACUAGACAAACAAUACCUCCAUUUAAACCUCUUGUGAAAAGUGCUGAUGAUACUUCUAAUUUUGAUGACGAUUUUACUCAAGAAAAGGCUUUGUUAACUCCAAUUCAGGACAAGCAUUUACUUGCAUCUAUUGAUCCAGAUACAUUUGCUAACUUCAGCUACACAAACCCACACUUUGAUAAUUUACAAUUAAUUUCUAAUAGUUGAAAAAACCGGUGAAGAAAUGAGACAAUCUUCUUUUUGAUAUUAAUUAAUUUUUAAGUUACUUCAAACUUUUUUCCAAAACCUUUUUAUUUUUUCUUUGAAUUUAGUUUUUUUUGUACAUUUUCCCUUUUUCUAAUCUUCUCAAAUCAGAAAAUUACUAUGUGAUCACAAUUAAAUUUUAAUAUAUUUUAUUUUUUUUUAUUUGAAUCUCUAUCUUAUCCAUCCAGGCUGUCUUUGGGGUUAUCUAACAGAUUCUUGGGAUAUCUAGUUCUGGAUAUCUAACGGAUUAAGAGUCUAAUAUUUUUAAGGAAUUCGAUUUAGAAGAGGUCGAUAUCGAGUAUUCGAACGGACUCAAGAACAAGUUUUUAAUUAAGGUUGUCGGAUCCGGAUCCGAAAAAAGGCCGGAUAUCCGAAAUUUCCUACCAUCUAAAGGGUAAGAUAUGGCUUGAUCCUUUAGAACUCGAAGAUAUUCCAAGUUAGGAUUGGGUGA